AUGUCCCUGCUGGACUACUGGGAGACCCGGCGCGGAAAGCGCAGAAAGGUGUCUGGCGAAUCCCCCAAUGGGUCCCCUGCCGUUGACCAAGAAGCCCCACUGAGUCCCAGUCCGUCGGUGGAAGUGGCAGAUACGCCCGCUCCCGCAUAUGAAGAUGCAGAAACUCAGAUUCCUCCGAGUAGCCAGACAGAUCUGGAGACAUCCCUCCCUCCGAUUAAGACUGAUGAUCAGGCUAUCGAGGAGUACGAAGCCUCUCACGCAGCAAAGCAGGAGGAUGACGCUGAGCCAGGUCUCCACGUGAGGCUUCGAGACGGGGUCUGGCAGAAAGGACGAAGCUCGAUCUAUGUCGAUGCCUUCAAUCUCGCUUUGGAUACGGUGCUAGCUGAGGAAGCACAUCUCUUUGACGAGGCAGAGAUGGAGGUUUUCAAGCAGUGGAGAGAGCUGUCCUAUCAAUCCCAGUAUCUAUAUGUACGACUAUUCCUUCGCAAAUCGUCUGCUUGGCAUCGUCUCAGCCGACUCGGCUCCUACUCUGAUGUUUCAGACUUGUCCGCAGUGGCUGCUGACCUGCAGCGGGUCCAGUGCUUGCCAAAGUCAGAGGAUAGAACCUCAGAUCUGGGCUCUUCGUUCAGGUUUGCAGAUGGCACAGAGGAAAUUACCACGCUGGAAGAAGCCUCGUCGUUGCUUUUGCUGGAGGAACUGAAGGUCUUUGCCAAGGAAGCCAAAGUCCAGGGCAAGAGCAAGAAAGAGCUGGUGGCAGCUCUGCUUCAAUCCAGCCAGACUCAAGCUGGACUUGGGUGGAAGGGAAACGAAACACCCAGUAACAGAGACAGUCAUUUUGUUCAGAAGAUCGUGGACUACACCGGAGACUGUAUCAGGCUUGCAGCAGGCCCUCGGGCACUCUUCGAACGGGUGCAUUUAGUGUUCUAUCGGUCGACCGAAUGGACCGAAAAGUCUCUCACCACCAUCAUCCUCGCGAAGAUAUCCCGGAGGAACUUCCCCGAGUACAUUGUCUGCCGGUCCAACUCAAUUUUCCCAUCCAGAGCAACGUUGCUAGAGUUUGAGUCCGCAAUUCGGACGCAAUACGCCGUCGAUAAUAUUCUCGAGUUUGGCGGACCCCCAACAACAGAGUCAUUACAAGAAAUAAUUGAUCUCGCAGACAAGUUCCACCCGCGAUGGACAGAACUAGUGGAACAGGAGCAGAAGAAAGAAGAUUCCAUCUACGAAAGCGGAGAGGGCGCAUAUCUCCGUCGCUUCUCGCCGGCCUGGGUGUAUACGAGGAUCAUUCACAAGAGUCUGCAUUCACUCGGCCGGUUCAAGGAGCAUAAGAGAGAGCAUGAGGUUCUCUGCGAGCUUCUCGCUCAGCGUCUUUUCCACGCUGCUCGGCGCGGAGCAUGGUAUCAGCGCAAAGCAUUGCUGGAAGAGCACUACAUGUGGGCACUCAUGCCAUCCAACGGCCAGAGUGAAGAGCAACAGCGCAAGUUAUGGAAACGAAAUGCCCUGCGGACAUGCGAGGAAGGUCUGGAAGACCCGCUCUGCCACCUGAUCUACCAUUAUGACCUGCAGAAGCGGAUCACUAAGCUCGAGAAAGCAUUGAAGGUUGUGAAGAGGGAACAGCAUGAUUUCGGGCAUGUCAUGUUGACCAAGCCCGCCGAGCGCACUAUUGAAGGUAUUCGCAUCGAGCGUGAGGACUCGCCUACCCGAACACCAGAUCCGCUCUCCAAGCGCGGCCGGCCGACGAUCUGGAUUGAUGAGCGAGAUGGAGGCGCCGAGUGUCGGGUAGAAAGCAUGUGUCUGAGUUGGUACCGGGACCAUGGCUGGAAAGGAUACCAUUCUGAGGGCGGCAUAGUGAGGACAUUGUUCGGCUACCUCUUCUAUGACAUCCUCUUCACCUACGUCCCAAACGUUUUCCAGACCCCCUUCCAAACCUGUCCUCUCGACCUACACACAGACGUCUUCUACCCAUCCCGCGCAUCCGAAAUCAACCACCGGCUCGUGGAAAUCACCAACGGCGCCGCCGAGCGCAUUAUUCGCGACAUUCAUGAGCGCGAAUUUGCCGCCCAACCCUGCGCUAUUGGCAUCGACUGGUCGUUUGAGCUAGAUGACCUGGUAGAGAUCGCCCAGUGCUUCCGGGGUGAGGCCCUCGCUGCCAUCUGCAAGGUUAUGGCGCAGGAAUACCAGCAACGCGGUGGAGGCAUCCCGGACUUGUUCUUGUGGAAUAUGGAGAGGCGUGAGGUCAUGUUCGCUGAAGUCAAGUCGGAGAAUGAUCGGCUGAGUGAUACGCAGCGCCUGUGGAUUCAUAUUCUCAUGGGUGCGGGCGUGCAAGUCGAGCUGUGCAAUGCCGUUGCGAAGGAGGUGCGAGUUGUUGAGUGA